UGGCUUGCCUGGCGGCGACAAACUAUGUAUUCGAAGACCGGAAGCUCGUGAACUGGACAGCAGCACAAGAGAAAUCAAUCUCAACGGACUACCCGUUCGAGCUGCAAGCAGAAUCGCUGGACCAGUAUAUCGCCAGGACAUACUUGCAGUUCCUAUGGCUCCCAGAGGCAAUUAUGCCACUGCAUCUCCUAGUUCCAUCCCUCCAACGCGUGAACGCCCCAUCGACAUCCGGCGCGUCUGUUCAUCCAAUGCACGCGUUUCUGGAGCCACUUCUACUCACAACCCGGAAUUCGAACGCAAAAUACCACACUGAGCUCCCCCAGAUACUCGCUGACAAUGGCGGAGCCGGACAGAUGGAAGAGACGAUGAUGUGGUACUCGUUAACGCACGAGAAGGCCCCGGAGGAUCUACCAGCGGACGCUGAAGGGCCAUGGUCGGACGAGAAGUGGAGGGAGCAGUACUUUGAAAGGAUGGAAAGAAGAGAGGUUCAGAUCCAGAUUUUGUUGUACAUGCUCAAGCUCUCAUUGCCCGGUCCUCUACCACCGGAACCCCAAAAGAAGAAGAAGAGACGAUCAAGGAAGCAGGAGGAACCGGUGUUGAAGACCGAAGACCACCUGGAGUCGUUCAUGGACAAGCUGUCGAUGUGGCAGCUUUCUGUUUCACUCGAUCCUACGAGACCUGUAGUCAUGCGGAAGGACGAGCGAGAUUGGGUCCAGAAAUUCGCAGAGGAUAUUGUAGAGCGACAGUUCAAAUCCACUCUACCUGAAGCUUGCUCUCUCCUCCGAUCUAAAGUCUUCCCAAGCUCUCCAUUCUCCGACGAUGACUCCAACACACACACAUCCCGCGAGCCCUCUCCUGAACCCAUCAUGCAAGCAUGCAAAUCACUCUCUCGUGCACCCUCUACUUCUCGGCUUCCAUCUCCUGCUCUAUCCACGUCCUCUCGGACAACCACCGUCUCCAAGACGAGCGCACGAGCCCUGGUUCGUUCACGUUCACGUUCCCUCUCAGUUUCGCUGGCACAAGAACAAGAGGAACGCGAGCGAGCCAAUGCAGCACAACCCAAGAAACGUGUACUGAAUCGCGAGAUCAGCAUGUCGCGUGUGUUUAAGCCCAAGACGAAGCCCAAAGCCGACCUCAAGGCGAGCAAGAUCAAAUCAGAGGCGCCUCUACCUACGAAGGGCAGGAGCAAAGAGAAAGACUGCGGUGUAACGCUCGUCGAAGAGACGCCUGCCAAAUCUCGGAUUUUGCCCUCGGUUCAGUCGCAGGGCGCCAUCACGUUCGGCAAGCCGACCUUCGACUUCUCCAUGAAGCCUCUUGAUUUGUUGGGUGGUGGGAAGAAGGGAACCACGAGCCAGCUGAUGAGUGUGGACGAGGACGACGGAGAUGAGGAAUGGAUGAUGGACAGCUCACUCGAUAUCGUGUUGCUAAACCCUGGGGCGAGCCAGAGCAGGAGGGCGAGUGUUAGCUCGAAGGUGGAUUCGGACAAGGAGGUCGAGUUGGCCCCGGUUACGCCUUCUAAGCCGUCGAAGAGGAAGAGGAAGUAGG